CUGGGCUCAAAUCUGCUCUCUCUCAGCUUUGUGGAGCAAACAGGAGCUGAAGGCUGGAGCAGCACUGUGUGCUCCUCUAAAGCUCACCUUUAUAGAACUUUGGGAACUGCGAGAUAUCUGAAAUUAAAAAGGAUAUAACACACAAAACAGAAACAAAAUGUUGUGUGUGAGGAAUUCGGGGGACUGCUUCAGGGACCAGAUGCGGUACAUGAUACGCUCGAUGCAAGACCUGAAGCAGCUGCGGGAGCCCAGUGAACCCAAAAAGUGCUCUUACGCAGUGACGCGAGCUUGCCAUCGGAGAGCGCUACAGCGGGAACACCUGGCCCGUCUGCGGAUCUCCCAGUCCAGUGAUGGCAGCACCUACGACUCGGCUUGCUGUCUGGCGAGUCCACUGGAGGAAGAACAGGACGAGGAAGAUGCAGUCGGCCAUCUGCCUCAAGGUUCUCCAGGUAGUGAGAAGAGUGUGGACUUCGAUUCGGGAUAUUCUGAGGGCUCUUGGCAGGAUGAGGGUGUGGUUCUGCGGCGCACAAGGAAUGUGCGUGUUUCGUCUUCUGCCUGUGUUCGCACUAACCGCAUUCGGCCCAAAUCGACCUCGGAUGCAUGCCUGGAACGCUGGACCUCAUUUGAAGCCAGUGAACCUGAGGACUGGACCACAUCCCUGUUGACAAGAGGCCGCAACAGGCAGCCUCUCGUGCUGGGAGACAACAGCUUUGCAGACCUCAUUAAAAACUGGAUGGACCUUCCUGAGUGUCCUGACGUGACCGAUUUAAAGCCCAACACAAGUAGCAAACUAGGCAAAGACUUUCUGAUUAACAUGAGGCGGAAACUAGCCAUCAUGUCCAAGGGAAUAGAAGGACGAGGAAAGUCUGCAGAGCCUUGCACAAAGCGGAUGUCAUGUCCUGUAGGCUUUCAGAUUCCAAAGCCCUUCUUUCACCAGUCACACACUGGGCUGCACCAGUUGGAAACAGACUUUUACCAGUUCAGCGCCCUCAUGAAGAGUGGGAGCAGACAGCCUAUUAUUUGCAAUGACAUUAUUGGCUAUAUCUAAGGCCUUGCCAUAAUGAAGGAUUCUAAGACUGGAUAAUAAUUUGCAUAAAUAUUUUUUAUAAAAGUACAUGUAAAUAAAAUGUAAAGUGAAAUAAAUGUUUCUGGAAAACACUACAAA